CGGCUGGGCGCGGGAGAGCGGGCGGCUGCAGCCCGGCGAGGUAGUCCCGCGGGCGGGGAGCCCCGAGGCGCGCUGCUGGUGCCCGCCAGCCAGCUCGCUUCCUCUCUUCAAAGCCGCGGGCGCCGGGGAAUGAGCUGCUGGGAGGCGCCGCGCGGGAGCAGCAGCGGCGCACACAUGGCUCUGCCCGGCGCUCGCAUGAUUUAGCCGGGGCAGAGCGGCGGUAGCGCCCGGGCCAGCCCCAACGCCAGCCUCGGGAGGGGGCGCGGCGGCUCCGCUCCCCACGCGCGCCUGCCGGGGCGGCUCCUGCAUGCGGGAGCGGGGCGGCUGCAGCUUGCGCCCAGCGGCGGCGGCAGAGCCCGUGCCUCGCCAUGGACUGCAGCCUUCUCCGCACCCUAGUGCACCGAUACUGUGCUGGAGAAGAGAAUUGGGUGGACAAUCGGACUAUUUAUGUUGGGCACCGCGAACCCCCUCCAGGCGCUGAAGCAUAUAUUCCACAGAGAUAUCCAGAUAACAGAAUAGUUUCAUCAAAGUACACAUUUUGGAACUUUGUACCGAAGAACUUGUUUGAGCAAUUCAGAAGAAUAGCUAACUUUUAUUUUCUCAUCAUUUUUCUUGUUCAGUUAAUUAUUGAUACACCAACCAGUCCGGUAACAAGUGGACUUCCACUGUUGUUUGUCAUCACUGUAACAGCUAUCAAACAGGGUUAUGAAGAUUGGCUUAGACAUAAAGCAGACAAUGCAAUGAACCAAUGCCCUGUUCAUUUCAUUCAGCAUGGCAAACUGGUUAGAAAGCAAAGCCGAAAAUUAAGAGUUGGAGAUAUUGUGAUGGUAAAAGAAGAUGAAACAUUCCCAUGUGACUUAAUAUUUCUAUCAAGUAGUCGAGGGGAUGGAACAUGUUUUGUUACAACUGCUAGUUUGGAUGGUGAAUCCAGUCAUAAAACUUAUUAUGCUGUUCAAGAUACAAAAGCGUUUCGUACCGAACAAGAAAUUGAUGCACUGCAUGCUACCAUUGAAUGUGAACAACCUCAGCCUGACCUUUAUAAAUUUGUUGGUCGAAUAAAUGUUUACCAUGAUAGGAAUGAACCUAUUGCCAGGCCAUUAGGAUCUGAAAAUCUGCUUCUUAGAGGAGCUACUUUAAAGAACACAGAAAAAAUCUUUGGUGUUGCUAUAUACACUGGCAUGGAAACUAAGAUGGCAUUGAAUUACCAGGCAAAAUCACAGAAACGGUCUGCUGUAGAAAAAUCAAUGAAUGUAUUCCUGAUUGUCUACCUCUGUAUUCUAAUAAGUAAAGCAUUAAUAAAUACAGCCUUGAAGUAUGUCUGGCAGAGUGAUCCGUUUCGUGAUGAACCAUGGUAUAACCAGAAAACAGAAUCGGAAAGGAAAAGAAAUCUGUUUCUUAGAGCAUUUACCGACUUCCUUGCAUUCAUGGUUCUUUUCAACUACAUUAUUCCUGUAUCCAUGUAUGUUACUGUGGAAAUGCAGAAGUUUCUUGGUUCUUAUUUCCUUACGUGGGAUGAAGAAAUGUUUGAUGAGGACACAGGUGAAGGCCCUCUGGUGAAUACGUCUGACCUCAAUGAAGAGUUAGGGCAGGUUGAAUAUGUGUUCACAGAUAAAACAGGAACAUUAACUGAAAACAACAUGGAAUUCAUAGAGUGCUGCAUUGAAGGGCAUGUUUAUAUACCUCAUGUCAUCUGUAAUGGGCAAAUCCUCCAUGACUGUACCGGCAUUGAUAUGAUUGACUCUUCUCCAGGAGCAAGUGGGAAAGAGAGAGAGGAGUUGUUUUUCCGAGCUCUUUGUCUUUGUCACACUGUUCAAGUGAAAGAUGAUGACAAUAUAGAUGGACUAAAGAAAAGCCAGCUGUCGAGAAGGCCUUGUAUAUAUAUAUCCUCAUCACCAGAUGAAGUUGCUUUAGUGGAAGGAAUACAAAGGCUUGGUUACACAUAUCUGAGGCUGAAGGACAACUUUAUGGAAAUUUUAAAUCGAGAAAAUGACAUUGAGAGGUUUGAAUUAUUAGAGACUUUGAGUUUUGAUUCUGUAAGGAGACGAAUGAGUGUAAUUGUUAAAUCGGCAACAGGUGACAUUUUUCUCUUUUGUAAGGGAGCAGAUUCUUCAAUAUUUCCUAGAGUUAAAGAGGGCAAAAUAGACCAAAUACGAUCUCGGGUUGAGCGCAAUGCAGUGGAGGGACUCCGAACACUCUGUGUUGCAUAUAAGAAGUUCACACACAAAGAGUAUGAUUUUUUGCACAAGAUGCUUCAGAGUUCAAUGCUGGCCCUGCAGGAUCGGGAAAAGAAACUGGCAGAGGCAUAUGACAAGAUAGAAAAGGAUCUUAUUUUGCUUGGUGCUACAGCUGUUGAAGACCGACUACAAGAAAAAGCUGCUGACACUAUUGAAGCACUCCAGAAAGCUGGCAUUAAAGUUUGGGUUCUGACAGGCGACAAAAUGGAAACUGCUGCAGCCACUUGCUAUGCCUGCAAGCUCUUCAGAAGAAACACACAAAUACUUGAGCUAACCACGAAGAAAAUUGAGGAACAAAGUUUACAUGAUGUGCUGUUUGACCUAAGCAAAACUGUCCUUAGGCACAGUGGCAGCUUAACCAGGGACAGCUUCUCAGGACUUUCAGCUGAUAUGCACGAUUAUGGUUUAAUUAUUGAUGGAGCAGCAUUAUCAUUAAUAAUGAAACCGAGAGAAGAUGGGAGCUCGGGUAAUUACAGAGAACUCUUCCUUGAAAUCUGUAGAAACUGCAGUGCAGUGUUAUGCUGUCGAAUGGCGCCUUUGCAGAAAGCUCAGAUAGUAAAACUGAUUAAAUUAUCUAAGGAACAUCCUAUCACAUUAGCAAUUGGUGAUGGAGCAAAUGACGUCAGUAUGAUUCUUGAAGCACAUGUUGGUAUAGGGGUCAUUGGAAAGGAAGGUCGUCAGGCUGCAAGAAAUAGUGACUAUGCAAUACCUAAAUUUAAACAUUUGAAAAAAAUGUUACUUGUUCACGGGCAUUUUUAUUAUGUGAGGAUAUCAGAACUUGUGCAAUACUUCUUUUAUAAGAAUGUCUGCUUCAUUUUUCCUCAGUUUUUAUAUCAAUUCUUCUGUGGAUUUUCACAACAGCCUUUAUAUGAUACUGCAUACCUUACACUGUACAAUAUCAGCUUCACUUCCCUUCCCAUCCUUUUGUACAGUCUACUGGAACAGCAUAUUGGGGCAGACAUGCUCAAGAGAGAGCCUACCCUGUACAGGGAUAUUGCCAAGAAUGCUCUUCUGCGCUGGCGUGUGUUCAUUUAUUGGACAUUUCUGGGAGUGUUCGACGCUAUGGUAUUUUUCUUUGGUGCCUAUUUCUUGUUUGAAAAUACAUCUGUUAGCAGCAAUGGACAGAUGUUUGGAAACUGGACUUUCGGAACGCUGGUAUUUACUGUGCUCGUAUUUACAGUUACAUUAAAGCUUGCGCUAGAUACACGCUACUGGACAUGGAUAAAUCACUUUGUGAUCUGGGGAUCAUUGCUGUUCUACAUUAUCUUUUCCCUACUCUGGGGAGGAAUUAUCUGGCCUUUUCUUAAUUAUCAAAGGAUGUACUAUGUGUUCAUGCAGAUGCUGUCUAGUGGGCCUGCAUGGCUGGGUAUCAUUCUGCUCAUAAUAAUCAGUCUUCUUCCUGAUGUACUCAAGAAGAUCUUAUGCAGACAGUUGUGGCCCACAGCAACAGAAAGAAUCCAGAAUACAUCAAGGCAGCAUCGGGACCACAUUUCAGAAUUCACACCUCUUGCCUCUAUGAAAAGCCCAAGAUACAGGAGCAAUGACUGCAGCAGUUCCCCACCGAGAAGGUCUAAUUCUCAUUCUAAAAAAAUGAUGUUUACGCACUGGAAAGGCAUUGAUUAUUCAAUACUUCCAUCUGUCUUUGGCUAUUCAAAUAAGCCUUGCAAUUCCAGUGCAAGCUACUGCUACAGUGGGUCAGGUUUGGAAACAUCUGUAUGACAGAUCACCAAUUCAAGCCUUUAAGAACUGUAUUUUUUUGUUUAUUUCUUUUUUGCAAAUACAGAAAACAAACAUGUCACAGACCCAUAUUCAAAUAUACUUGGCUUUGGCCAUCUGAAGUAAAGUUCAGACUAACAGGAUCAAGAGCUAGAAGUAUGAAUCCUUCCAGGCCUGUUGGCCUAUUUUUGUCUUGAACUGCUGAAGCAAUGAACAACCUGCACAGUCUGGCACUGUAAGACUGAAAGCACUAGAAAUUAUCUUCAUUUUGUGUCAAGACUUUUGUGCAUUUAUUGCUUCUGUCGUCUUUAGUUGUUUCCUUUAUUACUUGAAGUGUAUAGUUUCAGUCAGUGACCUACAUUUUGAGAUCAACAGUUUUAAUUUUCAGCCAGAAGCAACGUGACCUCAGAUCUCUUUGGUGAAAGUCGCUUAGAGCAUAUUUAACAAGUGCUGUUUCUUAUUUUCUCUGUCUUUUUUUCUUUCUUUGCUCUUUCUGUAGAACAAACUGGUGUUUCCUCUGUGCAAACCUGCUUUCAAGAAACUCCCUCUAAUAUUCACUUCCUUGUAAGUGGCCAAAUCAGGGCUAUGUAUGGUUUUGAGUUCGUUUUUUUCCUUGUAGAAAGAUAGAAUCAUUUUGCUUAGAAUAGGUUCACACUUUCUGGAGUCAAGCUGGCUGUCAAAUAAGUCAGACCACCAAUAUUCACACUUUCUUAAACAAAUACGGAAUGGAAUAAUUAAACUUAAAAUGUUUUGGAAAAUUUCUAAAAAAUAAAUAAAUAAGUUGAACCAGCAUUCCCACCACUUUAGCUACGCUUAUGGAAAGGAAGCAUCUGCAUGUAAAUCUUAAGUAUAUGUAUUAAGAAGUACUGGUUUUACUUUUUUUCUAUUUCCUGCCCGUGCUAUGAAAAAAAUCUUAUUUUCAGUCAUUUACAGUAUCCAAAUAAGAUGCUUUUAAUAUCUGGAUUUUUGUUCUUUGAUUUUUGUUUUAGCUUUUUUCCCAUUUUACUGUGAGGUAAACUGCUAGCUAAUGGAUCCAGUAGAAGUACGUUCUCAUAAAGCAGUUUGUAUACACUUGUUAAUCUUUUUGAGAGAACCACUAGAUGGUGUACAUCUGUUGUCAAUUCAACCUCAUUUCUGAUACAAUGAUUACCAGGCAUCUGUAUGAAUUAUUUACUAGGCAUUCCAGCCAGCUUGUACAUCCACUUUCUCUGCAGUCUGCAGAGUUUAUUUUAGCUUGUACUAAUUUUACUACUAGUUGUCUACUUCUCCAGAUUUUUUUUUAGUCCAGUGUUUUAUUUGGGGUGUAAAAACAUCUGAAAGACGAAUCUAAUACUUAUUAGUUUUAUUGUACCCCAUGUUUAUAACAGGUGAACAAGUGUAUCUUUUAAAAUGUUUCUGGCAGACAGUUAAUUUUUUUUUCUCUAUAGGAAACAAAAUAUUUGGGAUCAAAUUUGCUGCCUUUAUUAGAGAACUUGACCAAGGCAUUGUUUAUACCCUUUUUAAUGCUAUUGGCAUAGUGAAGGAAGUUUCUUUUUGCUUGUAUGUAUGAAAUAACUUCAAACUUCACUAGAGUUUUUAAAUGAAAGUAAAUUAAAUCCACUAGGAAACACUUACCACAAUGUUUUCAAUUAAUCCCUGUGAAAAUUGUUAAGUUGUGAAAACUUCAGUAUACCAAAGAUGAGAGAAGAAAAAAUAUGGCAAUGCUUACUACACAUUCAUCCACUACCCUGUAUAAAGAUACUAAGUCAUUUUUGCCAUUUACCAUGUAGCACUUCUUAGUUUCAAACAAUGCCAUUAUAUUGGUCACGUACUGUAAUAUAUAUAUAUUAAAUUUAUAUAUAUUUGCCACUACAUACUUGGAUGCUGGUCAGUUAGAACUGUCCCCUACAUAAAACACUGGUGUAUAUAUUUUAAAUUCCUAAUAUAUGUUUUAUACCAGUAGUGGUGACAAAUUUCCUGUGUGUAGUUAACAAAUUAUUUGUAACAUAUUUUUUAGAAAUCUUAAAAUUGCCUUUGCACUGAAAUAUUUUUCAUACUGUAGCUAUUUAUAUAUCUGUUUUAUGCGUACUUUUGUUAACACACCAUUUCAAUUUUUUUAAGUAUAUGUUUUAAAGGCUUUUUUUAUACCUAUGAGUUUUGGCCACUUAAAUUUAGCUUACAGUGGAAUUGUGGCUGAAUGUUAAAAUUCUGAUGAAUGUUAAAAUUAGAAACAGAAGUCUACUGCUGUAUCAACUACUGAUGGUUUGAUGCUGUUAGUGCUAGUAGUGAUUAGGGUUUUACUCUUUCUUAUGCUAUACUUUUAUGCUGAUUUUUUUUCUGUAAAACCUUCUGCUGUUUUACUUUUUUUUCUCAUUUCCAUCUUUUAGCCUUAAAUGAGAAGACUCUUGCUUGAUGUUUUUGAAAAUGCUGCAUUGCUGCUCUGUCUACUAACAGAAAUUUACUACAAACUUCUUACAGCCCAACUCUUUCUUAGAAAUUAAUAAUAGAGAUGGUAUACAGGAUGAAACACUUAGAAAAGUGUUUGAAGGACAAAUAAUUCUGUUUAAACUUGUCAUCUUAGAAAGGAGGAAGAUUGUUUGCAUUUUAACAAGUAUUUCUGCUUUGACUUAGCAAUACUUUUAGUUAAAUAGUUGGUACUAUGUAUCCAUCUGUUAAAACAUACCAUCUAAAUGAAAAAAGCAUAAACUUCAAAAAACAAUUUUCCUGGGUAAUCUUUGCUUCAGUCCCUUGUUACUGUUAUCAUGCAAACCUAGUCCACUGCAGCAGAUAUUAACGGAAGUCAGAGUUUCAUUGUAAAUGGAUGGAAAAAUACUAAGGUGUAAAUGCAAGAGCCACAUCUGAAGAAUACACAAAGACUGUAUUAUCACUGAGACAUGGAAAGCUGACAGGCUGUUGAAUGAUGAAAGAACUGUAAGGAUAGGAAAAACCAUAAUGAUAAACUAUAUAACUUCUUAACUUGCCUUGUUUAAACUGUUGCAGCUUUAACAACAAAAUGUCUCCAUAACUGCUUUUAUAAAUGUCUUGAAAUUGGUAGGCACUAACUAAAUGUUUGUGAAGUCUUAGAAAGUAUUUCAGGCUUUGUAGCCACUCAAGUGUGUGUAUUCCUGAAGUGGCUUGUAGCAAAAUACUGGAAUCAUUUUCAUUUUAUGGUGUACAGUAAUUAAUAUUGUUUGUUCAACUGCUCAGUGUGAAAGCUUACAGUUUUUCUUGGUUGCAUUAGCCUGUUUGUCUUGAUCCCACUGGCCUGAAAUGAGAAGGAAAACAAAUAGUUGAAUUGCACCAACACUCUUCUUGAAAGCCAGCGAGAUCACUGUGAUCAUGCUACUGUCUGUUAACAAAGCUUUAAUGGAAAUUUGUCCAAGUAUUAUGAAAGUGAAAAAGUACAUGAUUCUACUUUGCAGAAUAAUCUACAAAUCAGUUUAUAUAGCUUUAAUUUUUUUACCUUAUGAAAAUAUAUUGAGUUUUAAUAUGUUAUUUCUGACUUAAAAUAUAUUGUAUAUACACACUUCUUUUAAAAUGUCCUUUCAUUAUAUAAUGUAAAGUAGAAUCUGCAAAAGUGCUGUUGGGAGCAACAGGAGUAGUUAUCAGUGUAUUAAACAUCAAAGAUGUCUGUAGUCAUCAGCACCAAAUGCUGACAUUAUUUUCAAUGGUACAAUGAUAGGUGCAUUUAUUUGAAAAUAAAUCAGCCUUCAAACCUAAUGCUUAGAUUAUCCUAUUACACUUCAUUUACCUGAUCUAAACUGUUGAAGUGUGAAUAAAUAAUCAUCCAUAAAAUUUAUUUUCAGUGCUAUAUUUUUAACUUUCAUUUCUGUAGAUACUUAAAUAUAACUUGUCUUUAUUCAUUUAUAUUUUGGACCUUUCUGUAGAUUAUAUAAGCAGAAGACAUGUAUCUGCUUGCAAUAAAUUUAAAAAUUAAAGACUAGUUUUAAGUUUGUUCAUAAGCAAUUUAAAAUCAUUUUAGUUUAAAUAUAAAAUAAUUUCUUAUUAACCUGUAAUAAACUGUGAGUAGAUAAUGGAGAAUUAAAUAAGUGUUUUGAAUAUGUUA